GGGCGAAGCAGACCCCGCCCCUUCUCCAAGUAGCCAAGAGAAACAACGGCCGCACAUUUACAGAGCUGUCGUCAGCCAAACAUAUGGCAAAAAUAGACCUUGUUCUUUCUUUUUAAUGUGGUGUGUACUACAUUUUAAAAAUUCCGCCGAAAAAGAGAAGACGAUUUUCCGAAACAUUUUCGCCGUUAUCUCACGGCUCCCUCUUCUCUUUACAGGUGUAUAACUGCUACCCAGAAGGCCUAGGGGCGUCCCUUUACCGGGAGCGCUUUGACUUCAACGCUGAGCCGCCUUGGGAUCCUAGCUGAUAGCGGGACACGGCCUUCUACAGACUUGUCCAUGACCCACGGCUCAGUCGCGACUUUGACUACUACUUCUUUAUGAUUGUCUUCUGAAUACGGUUGAGAUGAAAGGACUCGCUGACGAACCAAACCACAUGAUUGAACUCCUGGAGGGAGGAACCACCCUGGAAGAUGUCAUUGACGGGCAUGUUUACGAACAAGCUCUGGCUGAAAAGAGUGUGUUUGUAGUGUCUGACCUUGGGUCCCUGAUGAGACAGCAUGUCCAGUGGCAGCUCACCAUGCCCCAGAUCAGGCCCUACUACCAGGUCCAAUCCAACAGCAGCCCGGUUGUCAUCGAGGUCCUGGCCUCUCUCGGCCUCGGCUUCGUCUGUGCUGACAAGGCUGAAGUCAGUCUGGUGUUGGACCACGGCGUGCCCCCUGACAACAUCAUCUUCUCUGGAGUUUGCAAACAGCUGUCCCACAUCAAACACGCAGCCAAGAAUGGCGUCGAACUCUUGGUGUGCGACAGCGAGACGGAACUCUACAAGAUAGCCCGUUCUCACCCCAAAGCCAGGCUGCUGGUUCAGGUAACUACAUGGGCCCAGGCAGCAGAGACCAGCAUGGAGUUUGGCUGCUCACUGAAGCGCUGUAGACACCUGCUGGAGGCUGCCAAGGACCUGGGGGUGCAGGUGGUGGGAGUUACGUUUCACAUUCCCAGCUCCUGCAAGGACCUGCAGGCCUACACCCACGCGCUGUCGGAUGCCCGCUGUGUGUUUGACAUGGGGGCGGAGUUGGGGUUCAACAUGAGCAUCCUGGAUAUUGGUGGUGGAUUCUCUGGCUCAGAGUUUCAGCUCAAACAGGUUCAUACCACCGUCAGACUGCUGCUGGAUGCCUACUUCCCCACUCUGUCUGGAGUGCAGGUCAUCGCUCAGCCUGGUAGCUACUACGUCUCCUCUGCCUUCACUCUGGCUGUCAAUGUCAUCGGCAAGAAGGUUGUGGCCCGGGACUGGAACGGCCUUGCUCAGGAUGAGCUGACCCCAGAUGACGAGCCAGAGUUCCUGUACUACCUGAACGAUGGCGUCUACGGGUCUUUCUCCAGCAAGCUGCUAGGAAGCACCAUCCCUGCCCCGGCUGUGCACAAGAGGGGGUCUAGGGCUGAGGAGCCAGUGUUCUCCAGCAGCCUGUGGGGUCCAUCAUGUGACAGCCUAGACCAGCUGGUAGACCACUGCCUGCUGCCUGAGCUCAGCCCUGGAGACUGGCUGGUCUUUAACAACAUGGGGGCUGCUGGUCUGGGGGACCUCUCCUCCUUCAGUGACCGCUCAGCCAUCAGACCACCUGUCUACUACACUGUCUCCACUGCUGACUGGUACAACAUACAGGAGGCUGGAAUAGCUGUGGACAGCAUCAUGAAGAACUUCUCCAUGGUCCAAUACGGUGCAUAGCUCCGCUCUGUCCCUCCCUCUCCGUUGUGACAUCCGAGAGAGAUCUCCUUACCCUGGGCUUUUAGUGGUCAACAUUCCAACGACCUUGGAAAACGCAGUGUUCAACUUUCCAGGAAGGUUGAAAUAGACUUGUGAUUUCCUGGGAACAGAAAACGAUUUAUUGGUGACCCAUACCUCCAAUUCUCAAUUUGUUUUUGGAAAAAAGAAAAAGAUCAACACGUUUAUCCCUCUUCCUACUCGCCCCUCAGAUAGAAAACAACACGUUUAUCCCUCUUCCUACUCACCCCUCAGAUAGAAAACAACACGUUUAUCCCUCUUCCUACUCGCCCCUCAGACAGAAAACAACACGUUUAUCCCUCUUCCUACUCGCCCCUCAGACAGAAAACAACACGUUUAUCCCUCUUCCUACCCUCAGAUAGAAAACAACACGUUUAUCCCUCUUCCUACCCUCAGAUAGAAAACAACACGUUUAUCCCUCUUCCUACCCUCAGAUAGAAAACAACACGUUUAUCCCUCUUCCUACCCUCAGAUAGAAAACAACACGUUUAUCCCUCUUCCUACUCGCCCCUCAGACAGAAAACAACACGUUUAUCCCUCUUCCUACUCGCCCCCCCCUCCUCCUCGGAUAGAAAACAACACGUUUAUCCCUCUUCCUACUCGCCCCCCUCCUCCUCGGAUAGAAAACAACACGUUUAUCCCUCUUCCUACUCGCCCCCCUCCUCCUCGGAUAGAAAACAACACGUUUAUCCCUCUUCCUACUCGCCCCCCCUCCUCCUCGGAUAGAAAACAACACGUUUAUCCCUCUUCCUACUCGCCCCCCCCUCCUCCUCGGAUAGAAAACAACACGUUUAUCCCUCUUCCUACUCGCCCCCCUCCUCAGUCAGACAGAAAACAACACGUUUAUCCCUCUUCCUACUCGCCCCCCUCCUCAGUCAGACAGAAAACAACACGUUUAUCCCUCUUCCUACUCGCCCCCCUCCUCAGUCAGACAGAAACAACACGUUUAUCAGUAACAUAUGCAACUAAAUGGAUGACUGUAGAUGGAACUCUGCUUCCUAACCAGGUUUAUUCAUUAGAUAGUUUACAUAAAUGUGUAAUUGGCUCAUUUAUAUUAUAUAUUGAUUACCUGUUGACAGUCUUGUAAAAAUCACUUGUCUGUUCAACAUGAUGCAUUUGUCUAUAGAAGAUGAUUCGCCAGGUUUAAUAUUUAAAAUCAGUACUAAAUUCUUGCUUUUGACCGCAUAUUCUAGUUUAAGUGAGAUGUUAACCUUAACCCAUUCUUGAUUACGUUUCAUAUUUUUGGGGGGGGGUUUAUUAAUUGCAUUUUGUAAAAUAAUAUGGAGCACGUUUGAGUUCCCGCCAACAUUUUCCCCAAGUACAUGCGGUUUUACUGAGCAAUAUCUUCCGUGGGAAUACUGUUGUCUGUUUAAACGCUACAUGGAUAACUGUGAUUCCAUUGUGACAUCUUAACGUUCUUGCUUGGUGAGAGGGGCAUUUGAAGGAUUUGUUGAAGUGAUUUCUUCUCAGAGGAGUUCUGAACAGAACUAGCUGGGUUCUGUUUGCUAAUGUACAGACAGAACUUUACCAGGCUGGCCGAAAGUGGUCCUCGGUUCUAAAACCUUUUGAGGAAGUGUUCUGGACAGGAAAGCCCCCUUCAGCAUUACAGCCCUUGGCUUUCACUCUGAUCAUGCUGUAUAGCUUCUCUGCUGGGUUAGAGAUACAACUAACAUCAGCCUUGAGACUUGGACACACUUUGAACAUUUUGUUUCUAUAAACAUUUCAGCCACAAGUGUGUUACAAGGCUUUGUUCUCUGUCGCCACAGCACAUAGCAGUCCACCAAUAGACUUGUCUUCAUAUUUAUGUGGAUCUAGCUUCUCAUGCCUCUCUUACUGUAUGGUGGUCUAACAUGGAGUCUUGUACACUUUGUAAUGUCUAAAUAAGGUGACCAGAGCUGGAUCCAUAUCUGGUUGUGCUCUUUCCAUCUCCAUUGCUCAUUGUCAAUCCCAAGCUGUUUGCCAUGACAAUGAGUGACAAGGAAGUGGGCAUGAUAGUGCAAACAGACUGGCACUCAAGCUAGACCAGACCUGACUGAACUCUUAACUGUCCCCCUUGUUGGACAAGUAAAGUACUGGAAAUGACUUUCUAAGGCACUAAUGGACCGUGUCCUAUUUUUGACUGUAAAUUGUGCUUGUUAAAGUAAUGCAAGUGAUUAAUUUAAUACAUCUUUUGGACUGAAAA